AUGAAGUUUUUGGGUCGGAAGGAGUAAUUUACUAUGCAGCACAUUCACAUAAUGACUAUCAGCAGCAAGUGCCUCUUUGGACCGCAGUUUCACAAGGUAUUGGAAGCGUCGAAGCCGACCUACAUUUGGUGGAUCGUACUCUUUAUGUUGGUCAUAACACAGCGAGUAAUAUAACACUAGUCGGAGAGUAUCUAAGCCCGCUGAGGAAUAAAAUUCUGUCUGAUGGAUACAUUUGGAACUUCACUUCUAUCAAACCCCUCAAUAUGUUUUUCGACUUGAAAACAGACGGACCUCCUACUUACAAAUCGCUCUACAAUGAAAUAUUUGCCAACUAUUCGGAUCUUUUCAGUUCAUGGGAUGACAACAGAGGUUAUAAACAGUCAUUCCUGCAUUGCAUAAUCACAGGCAACAGGCCACUCCUGGAAAUGGAACUUGAAGGGCCCCCUCAUUUCUGUUCACUCGACAAUCACAUCAUCUCCACAAUCGGAACAUUCGAUGAAACAUUCUCACCAGUAACUUCAUUCAAUUUCAAGGUCAUCUUCGGAGACGUGCAAGUUCUGGAUUAUUGUCAACUGGAGUUUCUGCAAACACUCAUCUCGAACUCAAGAAAAAAUCGGAAGAGACUUCGCUUCUGGGGUGCCCCGGAGACUACUAUUUUCUGGGAUCAGCUGGUCUCCGCGGACGGUCAGAGAAAUGUUAUCGUUCUUAAUGCUGAUAACUUAUCCAGCGUGCACAACUAUUUGACUGCAAAAGGCUACACAAACGAGAACCAAGGAUGUAACUCGACCCGCCAGUGGUGCUCCUAAUAAUUUCAACACUAUGUUCGGUCCAGAUGAUGAGUUGCAGUUCGAACAAACUAGCUCAU